AUGUUCAAGGCAGUGUUUGGACAAAAGAAGCAUAAAGGAGGGAGAAUAGCUGAGACGAGGAGGCACAAACAACUUGGUUUGGAGGUGCAUCCUCCCAAGCAACUGACCAAGGGCUUGUCCAUUUCUCUACCAUCCUCUCCUAUGCUCCCUCGCCACGACGACAUCGUUCCAUCCCAUUCAUGCGCUCAAUUCCCAGACAUCCACGUGGAGCCCCUGCCGGGCUCCUCCCUUUCUUCCCAGGAACUGAUGACCAGAUUAUGCUUCUUAUUGGGAGAAGCAACGCCCCGCAUAAUUAGCUCUCCUAUGGAGGACAGUAGUGAUAGGAAGGGCGAUGCCUUCGCUCAGGGAGGCAGCCCCAGCUCCACACUGACCUGCAGCACAGCAUCUCCUUGUCCCGAGAGCCCCUCAUCCACCUUGAGCGGCGGUGGCAUCUGCCAACCUCUGGCCCCGCCUUCACCACAUGGCGCCGGUGCCGGCUUCAGCCCCAGCGGGACCCUAUCCAGCCCCAUGCGCAACACCGCCCAAUGUUCUCCUGCCGGUGGAAUUGGCCUCGGCCCACCUCCGCAAAGUCCCACCUCCACACUGGAGAGCAAAGAUAGUGGAAUCAUAGCGACCAUCACAAGUUCUUCUGAGAACGAGGAGCGAAGCGUCUCCAGUUCAGAUCUGACCGUGGAUGAAUCCCCUGGGGGCAGCGUGGUCGUCAUGGGCCACACCAGCGAGGACAAGCAUCUUGGGCUUCCUCGGGGUAAUCCUGCCAUCCAAAUUGAGGAGUCCUUAGUGAGGGCAGAUAAGCCCAGGACACCCCCGCCACCUAAGAGACCCCUCCCACAGCACCAAAUACGAAAUGCCUCGUCCUUUGGGAUGCCCCGUCCAAAUUCCGUGGCAGCAACUUGCUCCACUAGGCUGGAGGAUCUAACGUAUUUGGACCAGCAAAAGGUUGGCCGGCACAGGGGCUCUUUUCGCAAGCUAAACACACCUGGACGAACUAAUGAGGACUCCAAAGGGAGAUUUGCCCACUUCAAACAAGCCGACAUUAUGUUAAAACCACUGCUGUUCGAAGUUCCUGGCACGACCACGGAAACGCCUUUCGUGGGGCGGGACUGGCUCUUUGCCCGUCUGGAUGAGGUUUUAAGGAAAAGCAGCAACUGCGAGGGAAGAGGGGCCGUGAUAGUGGGAAAUGCCGGCUCCGGCAAAACGGCUAUCAUGUGGCGUCUAGUGGCGCUCAGCUGUCACGGCUCGCAACAUGGAGUGCCUCAAAGCCCGAACGCCUCACCUAAAUGUGGGGAAAGGCAGCGGAAGGCUGCUUCCAAACAAGCCGCCGAUUCCCAAAUCAACGCGAGUGCUGUUACAGGAGUGGCAGAUCAGAAAAAAGAAUUUGCCAGAUGUCUGGCGAACAAGGUGGUCGCUUACCAUUUCUGUCAGGCUGACAACACAUACACCUGCCUGGUCCCAGAAUUUGUUCACAGUCUGGCCGCCCUAAUGGCCAGAUCACCUCAGCUCAGCCCGUACAGGGAGCUGCUGAUUCAGGAACCUCACCUCCAGAAUACCCUCAGCUUGCGCUCCUGCGUCCAAGACCCCAUAGCUGCCUUCCGAAAGGGGGUCUUGGAGCCCAUGGCCAAUCUGCGCAAGGAGCGAAGGCUGCCUGAAGAAGACUACAUCAUCUUGGUUGACAGCCUCAACGAGGCCGAAUUCCAUAAACCGGACUACGGGGACACCAUCGCCACCUUUAUCACAAAAAUUGUCUCCAAAUUCCCCAUUUGGCUCAAGCUGGUAGUCACAGUGAGGACAGGCCUCCUUGAAAUAACCACCCUGCUCCCGUUUUCUGGCAUCUCGCUGGACAUCCUCCCCGACAGUAGCGACUUGGGCGCCGACCUGAGCGACUACAUCCAUCACCGAGUGAGUGGCAGCGCCCGCAUAGCCGCCAACGUCACCACCGCCACGGGGUCGGCACCCGACCCGCUGCUUCUCAGCAAGUUCAGUAGUCACCUGACUACGCGGAGCAACGGUUCCAUCCUCUACCUUCAGCUGACACUGGAUCUUUUCCACAAAGAGCACCUAGCACUGAAAGGGGGGAACUACCUGGUCGUACCUGUGUCCCUGUCUGAGGUGUACCUACUGAUGUGCCGCGUGAGCUUCCCAGACAAAGACGUCUUUGAGCGAGUGCAUCCGGUGCUAAAUGUGGCCCUGGCAUCGUUGCACCCACUGACGGAUGAGCAAAUGUUCCGCACGCUCAAUGCGGGCAGUGUGAGAGGGGAGAUGGAGUGGAAGGACUUUCAGCAGAGAUUAGACAGCCUGGCUGGAUUCAUGGUGAAGCGCAGAGAUGGCACACGCAUGCUGUGCCAUCCCACCUUCAGGGAGUGGCUGGUUUGGAGGGCAGAUGGCGAGAGUACAGACUUUCUCUGUGACCCGAGGAGCGGCCAUGCUCUCCUGGCGUUCAUGUUCUCCAGACAGGAGGGCAAGCUGAACCGUCAGCAGACCAUGGAACUAGGACACCACAUCCUCAAGGCUCACAUAUUUAAGGGUUUGAGUAAGAAAACCGGGGUGUCCUCCACUGUCCUGCAGGCCUUGUGGGUGAACUGUAGCACAGACAGCCUCUCUGCUGCACUUGCAUCACUACGGAACCUGUACACGCCUAACAUCAAGGUCAGCCGUCUGUUGAUGUUGGGUGGUGCUAACGUUAACUGGUGUACAGAAGUGGUGGGCCACGCCCCCAUCCUGGGUGUCCACGCCCACCUGGGACAUGUGGAGAUGGUGGGCCUGCUCAUAGAAAUGGGCGCGGCCGUGGACGUGAGCACCGACAGUGGCAUGACGCCUCUGUGCUUGGCGGCUGCCGCUGGACACGCGGGUGUCAUAAACCUGCUCUGCAAAAAAGGGGCCGAGGUGGGCCAAACUGAUAAGAAUGGCCAAUGUGCACUGGUUCACGGUGCACUCAAGGGCCACACAGAGAUCGUCAACAUCUUGCUGGGCCAGGAUUGGGCCCCCGAAGCCCCAGCUGAUGCACAGCAGCACCAGAGAACCAGUGGAAAAAAGCAGGCUGUACAGCAGGCGGUAACAGCCGCAGCCAGCGUAGGACACACAGAGGUGGUAAAGAGCUUGCUGGACUUGGAAGAUGAACAUCUGGCAGUGCAGAUGGACACUCACGACUCCCUCUGGGGAGAAACGGUGUUGAGUGCAGCAGCAGGCAGGGGAAGAAUGGAGGUGUGUGCACUCCUUUUGGAGCGAGGGGCCGGAUUUGAGGUGCCAAACCGCAGAGGAAUGGUCCCCCUCCUCAGUGCCGCCAAACACGGACACACGCAGGUGGCAGAACUGCUGCUGAAACACGGAGCAGAGGUCAGUGUGUGUGACAAGCAGGACCGGACAGCGCUCAUAUUGGCCGCCUCAGAGGGCCACGGCAGCACGGUGGAGAUGCUUCUCUCUAAAGGUGUCGGUGUAUCGGCUAUGGAUCAGGAAGGUCUGACUGCAAUUAGCUGGGCCUGCAUGAGGGGCCACAGAGGUGUGCUGCAGCCUCUGGUGGAUGCUGGUGCAGACCCAAACCAGGCAGACAGGCAGGGACGCACUCCUCUCGACCUUGCCGCCCUUAACGGAGAUGCUGAUACAGUACACUUUCUGCUACAACAUGGGGCGGUGCUCGAGAGGACGGACAGCAAUGCGGGCAGGGCUGCAGAGCGAACGGCUGGCUGCCAGAAUCCGGCCCUGGUGGCCUCGUUACUCAAGAAGGGCUCCAAGAUGGGCUACAGAACAGCACCACAUGAUCGAUCAGGUCACGCUACAUGGGCCAUGGCUUCCACCAAACCAGACAUCCUCCUCAUCCUGCUGCAUAAGCUCAUGGAGGAAGGAAACCUGCUUUACAAGAAGGGACGUAUGAAGGAGGCCGGCCAGCGUUACCAGUACGCGCUAAGAAAGCUGCCUCGGGAGGGCCAGGGGGAAGAACUAAAAGGGCUCAAAGACCUGCGGGUGUCUCUCUAUCUCAAUCUGUCCCGCUGUCGAAGGAAAACCAAUGACUUUGGCAUCGCUGAGGACUUUGCAACAAAAGCUCUGGACCUAAAACCCAAGUCCUAUGAGGCCUAUUAUGCAAGAGCACGGGCCAAAAGGAGUAGCAGGCAAUUUGCUGAGGCGCUGGCAGAUCUCCAUGAAGCAGCACGACUCUGCCCAUCCAACCGGGAGAUCCGUCGCCUGCUGGUACGAGUGGAGGAGGAGUGCACACAUCAUCAGAGGAUAUCCAGCAGCAGCAAUGCAUCGCAGAGUUUCAACAGGGACCCCCACAGUCACCACUAUCACGCAGCCGAGGAUGAGGCUGACGUAUGUUCACAGGGAAGUCUAGAGAGACCGAUCCCAGAGGAACAGUCAGAUCUACAGCACGAAGAUGAAGAGGAAGAAGAUGAACUGAGCCUUCAAUGUGAAAAGGGCUCACAGUUUUGGCCUCUGAAUCCGUACGGUCCAAACAGGACUCUCCCUGGAGGUUCAGCCUACGGGUUAGUAGAUCAGACGGCGUGUUUUCCUCAAGAGGAUUAUGUUCACAACCCACAUUUUAUGGACCUGCCUGAGCCGCUUCUUGCAGUCCACAAGCAAAGUCAAAACCAGAGUGGCAAGACUCAUCAUCAGUGUCACUCCCUGCAGUCAGGCACUAGAGUGGGUGGCAGGCCUCUAUCUCUCUGCGGACCCUCCAGUCCUCUGCUAGGGAGACACAUUUCCAGCUCCCUGAGGCCGACACCUGUGCUGGCCCUCGACACGGAACAUUCCAGGCUCAGUCCUACAGAACACUACCAUCCCAUGUCCCCAAACAGCUCCUCCCCACCGGGUCCUAUCCAAAUGUACCACCCCCGUUCGUCUAGCUUCUCCAGAGGUUCUGACAGACUCUCGACCCACUCUCUGGCUAUAGAUGGUCUGGCGCUUGCUCUGGGUUCAGUCGUGGAAGUCAGGAGGGAGACUGGCGGAGCAGGGACGGCAAGCUCGAGAGGUUCUAGCUCCAGUCAGGCCUCAAGUGGUAACCAGUCAGACAGCGGCAAGCAGCAGGUGAUAGAGCCCCCGUGCCCUCUCAGAAGCAGCGGAAGCUUCAAGUCCAAAGGCGAGAUAAAGCCGCGGCCUUUCAUGGGGGUCAUGGACAAAGCGGUUCGAGUGCAGAACCAGCAGACCUCUGGUUUUGGGCGACAGGGACAAGGAGGAGGCGGUGUGGAAAGUUUCAACAUGUCACUCAUGGAGUUCCAGGGCUUGAACAAUGAGUAUAAACGCUCUUCCUUCCAGGAGCCGCUCUCUGGAAGUUGUGCCAGCAGCCAACAGGGUCGGGACUUUGGAGAGAGGUUGCACCAGCGAGAGGCAAGAGCAACUGUUUCAUCCCAUUUACAUUUUCCUGAUGGGAGGCACAGACAGGCGAGUCUGACCAGAGACAACCCAACACUGCAUAUGGCACCCAUCAAGCCCAAACGGUCUUUUAUCGAGUCCAAUGUCUGA